GACAGAAACGUAAGUAUAUUUACACAUCACAUCUUCAUUCAUCAACAAAGAAUCAUUCUCCACCGUUACACAUUAGUUAUCAUGGAGUCCUUUGGUGUUAACGUUGAAGGUCAAGGUGACAUGCUAAGGGCUAUUUGUCUUCCCUUUAUAUCACCAAGUCAUCUCAUUCCCGGUGUAGAGAUAGGCAGGAUCUUCGCCAUGCACGGUGUGGAUGUUACCAUCAUCACCACACCAGCAAAUGCCGCCGUUUUUCAAAGCUCAAUCGACCGUGACUCUAGUCGUGGUCGAUCCAUUAGAACCCAUGUUGUUAAGUUCCCACAAGUUGCUGGUUUGCCAGAAGGCAGGGAGAUGGUAAACGCUGACACUCCUAAAGACAUGGCUACCAAAAUCCUGGAGGGAUUGCACAUUCUUGCAGGGCAAUUUCAACAACUUUUCCGUGAGAUGAAACCUGAUUUCAUAGUCACUGACAUGUUUUACCCUUGGAGUGUUGAUACUGCUGCUGAAUUGGGAAUUCCAAGGCUGAUCUAUGUUGGUGGGACUUACUUGGCUCACUGUGCAAUGGACUCUCUUGAACAGUUUGCACCUCACACCAAGGUCGAUUCGGAUGAUGAGAGUUUUUUGCUUCCUGGGUUGCCUCACAAGUUGGAGAUGACACGUUGGCAGAUACCUGAACGGUUUAAAGUAGAAAAUCAUGAGUUUUCUGAACAUAUGAGGAAGGCGAAGGAAUCAGAGAAAAGGAGCUAUGGAUCAGUGUUCAAAAGCUUUUAUGCGCUUGAGGGAGCUUACGAGGAUCAUUACAAGGCAACCACGGGAACCAAGAGUUGGAGCGUGGGACCAAUUUCGUCAUGGGUGAACCAAGAUGAUGCGGAUAAAGCCGGUAGAGGACUUGCCAACAAACAAGGACAAGAAAAAGGAAAUGAAGGGUUGCUUACGUGGCUUGAUUCUAAGAAAGAGGACUCUGUAGUCUACGUGUGUUUUGGGAGCAUGAACAAGUUCUCUUCUGCACAGCUUGUUGAAAUAGCUCAUGCCCUUGAAGAUUCUGGCCAUGAUUUCAUCUGGGUGGUUAAGAAAAUUGAUGAAGGUGAAGAUGAAGGGGUUAGGGGUUUUCUUGAGGAAUUUGAGAAGAAGGUGCAGGCAAGCAACAGGGGUUAUCUAAUAUGGGGUUGGGCACCACAACUUCUCAUACUAGAGCAUCCUGCAACUGGAGCUGUGGUGACUCACUGUGGAAUGAACACCGUUAUUGAAAGUGUUGAUGCAGGCUUGCCAAUGGUAACUUGGCCUCUUUUUGCGGAACAGUUUUUCAAUGAGAAGUUACUGGUGGAUGUGCUCAAAAUUGGAGUGCCGGUUGGAGUAAAAAAAUGGGUGCAAUGGGGUGUUUUUGGAGACGAGAUAGUGAAAAGGGAGGACAUAGUAAAAGCGAUUGCUUUAUUGAUGGAUAGUGGGGCAGAGUAUGUGGAAAUGAAGAAGCGAGUCAAAGCCCUCAGUGUUGCUGCAAAGAAAGCCAUUGAAGUUGGGGGGUCUUCUUACAACAAUUUGAAAGAUUUAAUUGAAGAGCUAAAAUCAAUCAAACUUCAAAAGGACAACCGCAAAGUGGAGGCAGAGGCUUAGUCAGUUAGUGAGUGAUCUCAGGUAAUGAGUUAAUAUGCAUUAAUAUGAUAAUAAGCGAUGAACAGGGGUUUUCCUUCAAUAAACAUCUGUAGUACACAGAUUGGUCCUUGCAGUUGAAUGGGCAAUAAAUCGUGUAUUUGUGUGUGAAUAUUUAUCAACACAUAUUUGUACCCUAUUGAAGGUAAUUGUUUUGAUGUGUUGUAUUGCAUCCAUUAUUUUUACAUGAUUUUAAACCUUUG